AUGGGCAUCUUUGACGUAAAUGACUUGACCAAUAAAAUUGACGUCGGCUCGCAGCCUGGGACAAUGUGGUCAUUGAGUUCCCAAAAGCCAGGACAUGGUUUGGGGGAAUUACGAGAUCCUAAUUUCGAUAAGCUUUGGCAGAGUGAUGGACUUCUGCCCCAUCUGAUCAACAUACAAUUUGCAAGGCGGACAGCCCUUACACAUGUCUCACUAUACACAGACUUCAAAGAAGAUGAUUCAUAUACCCCUCACAAAGUUCGCAUUUUGGCCGGCACUCAUUUCCACGAUCUCGUCGAGGUUCGCACUAGAGAAUUACUGGAGCCAACGGGAUGGAAGCACUUCAUCUUGGACAAUUUCGAAGACGGAAACGAAUCGGAUGAUGGUGAAAAUGAUGGCAGUUCAGACGCAUCCGAUUCGAGCCAAUCAUCUACAUCUUCCAUAUUACAACAUCGAAGAAAGAGCGGUACGCAUGCCGAGUUGAAUACGAGCAAGAGACCAUUAGACUAUCUACCUUGUGGUGUAAGCAAACGUCAUGCUCCCAUUCAUGCUUUUCUCGUCCAGAUUUGCAUCUUGUCAAAUCAUGCAGCAGGAAAGGAUACACAUAUUCGUGGCAUUCGUAUCUUUGGACCGCCAACGAAAGCUUCUCGUGAAAAAGCAAAGCGUGAUUUACGUAAAUUGCGAGAAGCAAAUUCAGAAAAAGGAGAAACGACGGCAGACAUACAUGCUCAACAUGAGCAAAAGCGAAGAAAGAAGACAUUAGACGGAAUGCGAAGAUGGGCUUUGGCGGAAGAAGUAGCAGUCAGUCAUAAUCCGGAUGCAUCCCAAAACGCAGAAAGAGAAGAUGAUGAGGAGUUCCGCAUACAUACAUCUCGUCGGCUAAAUCUGCUUUCUAGUAUUCGAUAGUAUUCGUUUCCAGCCUUAAUGUACUUUUAUCUAAACCCUUGGAUACUCAAAAGAUCAAAGACCAGUUUCCUCAUCCUCUGAGAAUAAUCUGUAUAUCGAAUGCAUUGUGAGCUCGAGUAUAUGUG